AUGAAUUUUAUUGAAUCAUCAAAGCAGGCAGAUGAAGUGAAGAAAAGAAAAAAAAGAGAAGAAUUUGUCGAGUCAGAGUUGAGGUCAAAUCAGUCAAAAACUCAACUCACCGAAGAAAAGCGCAAACUAAUGGAACCCUCGCUUUCUUCUAUGAGCGCCUUUAGACGUGUCAUAAAAGUUAUCAAUACUCUCCCGGCUUUUUCCCCAACAGCUUGUGAAGCAGAAACAAAGCAAUGCCCCGUCAGCAAACAUGAAAAAUUAACUUCAAAGAGAACUCGUUGUGUACGACGAUAG